AUGGUUUGCCCACUUUUUGACUCUACCAUCAUUGGCUUCAAGGCACCCAACCAUGGCACUAAUAGUUUACGUGGAAUCUAUCACUGUACAAGGCAGACAUUGAAUCUUCUUGACACAGUCACGUACUUAGCAGCCACUACCACACAUUUGGAAAUCUCCUGUGAUCCAAACAUUUGGUCCACCUGUUUCACGGGUGUGCCUUUAUCCGCUAAAGUCCGUGAACCCAGGAAGUUGAGUUUUGGAAGAAGGCUCAGCUGUAUUUCCGAGGAGAGCUUAGUGCAAACUAAUACAGACGAACUGCCUCCCACUUCUCCAGAAUCACUGGAGCCAUCAACCAGCUGCGGUAACAUCUUUCAUGGAACGCGUGGUGUCUUUAGUGUGCCAUCUGGCUCACGGUUCUUUGUCAUCAAGUCAUUCAGUGUUGAGGACAUCGAUGCAUCCCUUAAUAAUAAUAUUUGGACAUCUACGGACCUUGGAAACAAGAGGUUGGACAAGGCAUACAAGGAGACAGAGAACGGCUCGAUCUUCCUCUUCUACAGCGUAAAUGGCUCAAUGAAGUUCUGUGGGGUGGCACGAAUGGAGGAGAAGGUCAAUUUUGCAAAGAGUAGCGACGUCUGGGCCGAGAACUCCCGAUGGAAAAGUGUGUUCCCUGUGUCUUGGUUGGUUGUCAAAGACAUCUCCAACCGAAGAUUGAAGCACUUGAGGGUCCCAAAGAACGAAAACAAACCAGUGACCAACUCCAGAGAUACGCAGGAGUUGCCCUUUGAUGUGGGCCUCUCCAUGCUCGAGAUCUUUGUAGAGAAAUAG